AAAACUUAGCGUUCUUCAAAAAAAGUCUCUUCAAUUUCUAACAAUACCAUGUGGCUCUUUUUGGUGCACUGAUAAGCUGACCAGUUAUACAAAAUAUAUCCCACGUAAUUUAGAUGGAAAAUAGGAAAAAUCAAAUCGAAAUCUCUAAAUAUGAAUAUUGAGAGCUCAUAUAUGAUUCAAAUAUAUAGCUUCAUCUUCCUAUCACUUUCGCCCAUUUUGGUAUCUUUUAUAUUGAUUUUAUCCUACAAGAAGUACAUUAAUGUGGCAUUAUUAGUAAGCUUUUAUUAACAAAAAAUUAUAUAAUUUAUUUUCUGGAUGUUAUUAAUUAACAAAAAAUUAAAAACAUUUUCAAAUAAUCUUUAUAACAAAUCAAAAUUAUUGACUACAGCUCAUUCAAUGAUUAAACAAAGAUUUGAAGUUAAUGUCUAUUUUGCGUGCAGUAAAAAAACAGACGUUUUUUCAUACAUCGAAUCAAUCAUAAAACGUCUACUCCUUUUAUAUUUUAUUUUUACAUUACUAAUCACAACUUCUUUAUACACGCAUAUCAAAUGUUGACGAGAUAUCAAUGACUGAAAUCAACAAAUAAUUUUUUUUCUCUUUCUGUUUUAAAUGAAAUUUGUUAAAAAAUUGAAGAAAUAAGUUUUCAGGCAUUUCAUGCCUCGCUGAUCGCAUGUGUAAUUAAAGAAGGUAUAUAAAAAUUUACGUUGCCCCUAUGGAUUUUUAAGUUUACUUUAUGAAAAUCGACCAUUAAAAAAUGAAAGAUUAAUGGUUUUAAUAACUUUUCCGAAAUUCAAGUUUUCAACAGGUUUCAUAGACGUCUUAGGGUUUCCAAAAUCGUUUCUAGUCAUUUCUAAUAAAAUCAAAUUAUAAUAUCUCUACAAUGACGUGUGGGAUAACAAACUAUAUAAAUAGCAAACGUCAAAAAAUAAUCAGUAGUAAAGUUACCAGGCAUCACGAUGUUGAAACUUAUUGUCCUGUUCAUUUUUUCGGUGGUCGCAGCUGAUCCACUAAGAAAUAAUGUACUCUUGAAGCCUAACGCACGUAUAAUUGGCGGUCAAGAUGCAGUAAUAGAAGAUUUUCCAUACCAAGUGAAUUUCUUAUACAAUGGGUUUAAUAGCUGUGGGGGUGCGAUUAUCGCAAAAAACUGGGUCCUUACAACCGCAAGCUGUCCUGUUGAAUAUGGAAUGAUAGUUCAUGCGGGAAGUAAUGUAACAAACGCAGGCGGAUCUUAUCAUACAGUUGCCCGAGUUAUGAAACAUGAAGCCUUCAAAGUCAAUGUUACUGGGGUUUCAUCAAAUAAUAUUGAUCUAGUCAAAGUCUAUCAACCAUUUGUGUUCGAUAAAACUCGACAACCCAUUCCACUUUUCAACGUUAAUGAAGAAGUUGAACCCGGUACGUUAGCAACCGUAGCCGGAUGGGGCCAAAUUUCUAACGAGGAAUAUAUACUGACUUCAUAUAAUUUGAUAAGUGUUUCCGUACCAAUUGUUCCCAACGACCAAUGCGAUGAGCUACUUUAUAAAUUUGGUGGACUUUCAAAAGGUCUAAUAUGUGCGGGCUAUUUAGAAGAUGGAAAAAAUGCUUGUCAAGGCGAUGGUGGCAGUCCUUUGGUUGUCGAUGGACGCGCUGCUGGUUUGGUUUCUUGGGGAAGAGGUUGUGCGCUACCAAAUUACCCAGUAACUUAUACUAGUAUUGCUGCUUAUCGUUCUUGGAUUGACGGAAAACUACAAGCAACCUCUGAAUACUGAUUAAAUUUUGUUACCUGAUUUACUUUAUACAA